CCUAUGGCUCAUUAUGGGAUGUCCUAUGGCUCUCAUUAUGGGAUGUCCUAUGGCUCAUUAUGGGAUGUCCUAUGGCUCUCAUUAUGGGAUGUCCGAUCCGAGCAGCUAUUAUGGGCUGUUGCAGGCUCCCGGUGCUGCUCCCCGUCGCCGUGGUUGUUGCCGUUCCCUUCGGCUGUUACUUCGGAUCUGCUCCCCCCAACGACGGCGCCUGCGGCUGCUCCUGGGGGGCGUGGGGCGAUUCGCCAGAUCGCUGGCUGUUGGAGUGGGGAUCUCUGUGGAUUAUUGGUGGACAGAGCAUGUGGAGCUGUGGGGUGUGGAGGAGGGCAGCCCCUCCUUCGAGGCGGCCAUGGCGCGGUGCCACGAGCGCGGCGCCGAGCGUCUCCUGCAGGGGGCGCUGCGGAACGGCGGUCUGUACGUGAAGCUGGGCCAGGGGCUGUGCGCCAUGGGGCACAUCCUGCCCCCCCAGUACCCCAACGUGCUGCGCAGGCUGGAGGACUGCGCCCUGCCCCAGAGGCUGCAGCAGGUGGACGAGCUGUUCCUGGAGGAUUUCCACAGCCCGACGUCGGCGCUGUUCCGGGACUUUGAGUACCAGCCCAUGGCUGCCGCCAGCCUGGCCCAGGUGCACAGGGCCACCCUCAGGGAUGGGACCCCCGUGGCUGUCAAGGUGCAGCACAUCGACCUGCGCGAUCGCUUUGCGGGCGACAUGCGGACGCUGGAGCUGCUGCUGCGCAUCGUGGAGUUCAUGCACCCCAGCUUCGGCUUCAGCUGGGUGCUGCAGGACCUGCGUGGGACGCUGGCAGAGGAGCUGGACUUCGAGCACGAGGGGAGGAACGCGGAGCGCUGCGCCAGGGACCUGCAGCACCUGGGCUUCGUUGUGGUGCCGCGAGUGCAUUGGGAGCUGAGCAGCAAGCGUGUGCUCACGGCUGACUUCUGUGAUGGCUGCAAAAUCACCAACUUGGAGGGGAUCCGACAGCAGGGGCUGCACCCACGUGAUGCCGCUGCCAAACUGAUCCGGGUUUUCGCGGAGCAAAUCUUCUACACCGGGUUCAUCCAUGCUGACCCACAUCCAGGGAACGGUGAUGCUGUGUGCGCCGCCGGCCCCGAUGGCAGCGCGCAGUUGGUGCUGUUGACCAACGGCCUCUACGAGACCCUGAGCGAGAGGGAUCGGAGCGCGCUGUGCCAGCUGUGGCGCGCGGUCGUGCUGCGGGAUGACGACGCCAUGAGGAGCCACUCGGCCGCCCUGGGUGUCAAAGGUGGGCCUUAA